CAUUGAUAUAUACAUACUGACUGCUGAUCACAGAGUACUUGCAGAAGGUAAAAACACAAGUGAUCGAACUAUGGACAGAAAGUUCCUGGGGCUUGUUUUGUUCUUCAUCGUCCUCUUGGCUUCUGAAGAGACGGUGAUUCGCAGUGAAGCGCAGACAAAACCAAAACCAAAACAAUGCCUAGUCCCCAGCGGAACAUUCGUGGGGAUGUGCUUCGAUAACAGCAGAUGUAACCAGGCUUGUAUUGAAGAAGAUUACGUAGGCGGCAGAUGCACCGUGGACGCCACACGAAAAUGCAUGUGCUUCAAGCCAUGUGUGUGACUGAUCUUAGUGAUGAGAAGCUAAUAAGCAUGCAUGGAGCUAAUUACAGGGCUACUUUUGUAUAAGCUAGACAGGCAGACAUGC